AGCUGCAAGAUCUAAUAUGAAUGCUGCCUGACAGGUCGAGUAGGAAACUACAUGGGAGAUGACCUGCAGAAAAAAGCAGUGCGAGGGCGUUUCUUGGCAGCAUGACAGUGGUCAGUGCAGGUGUUCACAGCCCUAAAGCAGACUGAGAAGUUGUCUACUAUGCUGGGCAAAGGGCAGACACUUGUGUGCUGAGGAUUACUGGAGGAGGACAUCUGAAGCAGCAGGAAAGGGGUGGAGAGGAAUUAGCAGGACUUCCACUGAUCAUUGUGAAAAUCCUUUCUCAGACAGUCUCGGAAACUCUUGGACAUGUUUGAAGAUGUGAAGUGUGGCUGAAGCGAAUACAAGAAUCAGACGUUUGGGUUACUUUUGGAUUACUUGAACCUAAGCAAGAUGAUGCGAUAUAAAACAGCUUCAACAGUGACGACGACCUCAGAGACUUCCCAGAAAUCAGGGAACAUCUGCCGGCUACGUCUCACAUUACCUGCCGAUGGGGCAUCAAAAACAGAACAGAAAGAUUUUACCAAGGAAAAGCAAUCACAUGUGGACUCCAGACGUACAACUGACAGAAGAAAACGAAAUGGCUUCAUUUCUGAUAGCAACCCAUCUGAGCCUCCAACUCUUCACCUCUAUUCCGUACCUAAAGGAACUCAGCCAUCUGAAACAGCCUCGCAUGGAGUGGUUUAUGGAGUCGUACAAAGGACCGAAAACAACCAUCAAAAUGAGGUUGUUGUCUAUGAAUGGUCCUCCCAUCAACUGAAAGAAGAAAUGAAUUAUAUUAAAGAUGUAAGAGUGACCUUGGAAAAGAUAAGAGAGAGAAUGUUUGGAGAAUAUGAUGAUAUGAAAGAGAAAAUUAAACGUCUUUCUCAAGAAAUGAAGGUCUCAUCAGCACAGCAAGAACUUUUGGAGAACCAUACCCAGGCACAAGCUUCUGCCAUUGAUAGUCUUGGUGACAUCAAUAGCUCUCUAAAUGCUUCAUCAAUAGAAAUACAGAAAACACUAGUUGAUAUGACUUUGGAAAACUGCAACAUUAAAGAUGAAGUGAAGAAUCUGAAACAUUCCUAUAAUGACUCUUUAGAUAAACUGAAAGAAAAGCAGUGUUUGUUGGAAGCGGCACAAGCUGAAAACCAGUUGUUAAAAGUAAAGAUAGAAUCAUCUCAAGAAGCUAAUGCUGAAGUCAUGAGAGAGAUGACACGAAAACUUUACAGUCAGUAUGAGCAGAAAAUACAAGAGGAGGAGAAGAAAUACGCCACAGAAAGAGAAGCCAUGAUUGCCCAGGCUAAACAGUACAUCAAAGCUAUUGAAGAUGCCAGUGAGAAAGUUACAAUUGCAGAAGCAAAAAUAGAAGAACGAGAUUUAAAAAUUGUAGAACUAGACAAACUAGUUCAGAGAAUGCAUCAGGAACGGGAACAACUUCAGGUACAGCUAACAAGACACGAGGAACGUAUUUACAGACUUGAUCAAAAGAUGGAGAUAACAGCGUCAGAACGGGCUAGGACUCAAAAUUUAGAGGAAGCUGCAACCAGUUUACGGGAGCGUAUUAAACACCUAGAUGACAUGGUUCACUGCCAACAAAAGAAAGUAAAACAUAUGAUUGAAGAGAUUGAGCUUUUAAAGAAAAAGGUCCACUACAAGGAUUUACUUAUCCAACAGCUUCUAGAAAGAAUAGCAAUGCUGGAAGGAGAGAAUAAUGAAUUACAAGAUAAGAUGGAAUACCUGAUGGCAAAUCAACCAAAGGAAGCCCCAGAAACCAAAGAUGCUUCAACUUACUGCGAACCUCCACAAAUGGAAACAGUGCAGCCCCAGCAACCGCGGAUAGUAUUGGCAAUUACUCAGUCCAGUAAGAAACUGUAUAACUACGACCCAGAGGUAGGCAGUGAUCCAUCGAAUUCACCUGCAAGUAUAAACACUACAGAGAGCGAUGGCUGUCAAGGAAACUACAUCGAACCCGACUCCAAAAGACCUCCUCAGAGAUCAUACACCCCUUACAUGAGAGUCCUAGAGCUAAGUAUGAAGAAUAAAGUGUCCUAAGUUCAAGAUCACUGAAGAGGAGGAAAAACAUUCCACAGAAACCUCUUUCCUUCUGCAUUCAGACUCCAGUGCAAUGCAAUAUGGCACGUGCAAGCAAUAGCAGCAAGACUGUUUCACAGUAUGAAAAGCUAUGAUUUUGGAUCAGGUGCUAAAACGAUCUGAAAAACAUCACAAUGGGAUCUGAAGGCUGCCUGGCAUUUUAGCUCCUAGUGUAUAACUUGCCGAUCCAGGUAUGGAUCAGUAACAAGAAAUAACCAUUUGCAGCACUCCACUUUGGGUCUGGAAUAUUUGUCUCUGUCAGCACUACAUUGAUCUUUUAUGUAAAUGCAUUUCACUGUGAGAUUUCUCUAUACACUAUCUAUAGCUGCACUGCAUACUUUUUUACUGCACUUACUACUAUUCAACUCCUGAUCAAGAGUGACCUACCACAGUACCACACCUCAACCCUUCGAGCAAUAGGAAGCUCUCAGGCAUGCUUUCCAUGCACAAUCAAUAUUAGAACUGAUGCAAGAAGCAUGGCAGAGCUCAUUAUAGGGGUUUUCAUGGACAAUAAAAAAAAAAUGGGCCAGACAAUGUUAAAAAUAGAAAGAAUUACUCCCUUCCACCACUCUUCUGCCAUACUGACACUUCUCCGUUCCUGGCCAUGAAAGGCCAGCUCAACCACUCAAUGGCUGAGGUGGGUCACCACUAAAUUUCUCCCUGGAAAACUCAUUUAAUUUAACAUGGUAAAAAUAUGGUUAAAAUAGUUGUCUUAUGAAGAUGAACUGGCCCGGGGAUGAGUUGAUUGCCAUGGGUCUAGCUUUUGAAACCACUGACGAUCAGCUGUUAUAACAGGGGACAUUGCAGCCAUUACAUUUAGCAUUACAUUGCGCCAUUAAAAUUAACCAUCUGCCACUGAUACUUAGCGGCUCUCUGCACUGACUCCUAAAUAUGAGACAACCCCUUUAACCCAAGAAUGGUUGGAAUGUCUAACUUUAUACAGAACAUAUGUGAACGUUGCAUCUUUAUGGAACUCAUGUGCCUUAUUAACAUUAUAUUAUAGUUGUGUAACAAUGCAAUUUAUAAGAAUAUGCAAUUAAACUGAUUCUUUAAACGUCAGGUCAAAUGCUCUUCUCACAAGAGUCAUAUUUACUAUAUUUAUAUUGUUUUAUGAAUCACUGCCUAAAAUCAACUACAGUAAGACCUGUAUAUAUGCAGAUAGCUCUGCCUUAAAGGGGUUCUCUGGGAAUUAAGACAAUUAAAAUAUUCAAAUAUUACUUUAUUAUAAAUAUACCUUUCAUUAGUUAUAAUGGCUUGUUUUGUCUGGGGAGCA